AUGCGUCUCGAGGCCGACGUCCGUCGGGGGAAGGACAUGGCCAAGACGCAGGAAAGGCAGUUGGCACAGCAGCGGGAGAAGUUGUCGGAGUUGAUGGGUUGGGUGUCGGAGAACCAAGAGUCAUUUGAGCGCGGGAUGUUAACCAUGAGCCGCAUCCAAGCCCGCAUCGACGAAUCUGAUAAGCGCGGGCGCGCUGAUGUUGCUGACGCGGUCCAGGAGAUCCGUGUGGAGAGGGCGAAUGCCACGUCGCAAAGGGAGACGGCCGAGCGCACACUUGCACGCGUUGAGGGGACUGUGGUGGAUCUGAAAACCCUGAGUGCUGGUGGUAUCACCAGUGCUGGCCCGAAAGCUGCCGCUCCUGACGUGGCUGCUACGAAGGACGCUGUUGUUGCUUCUGGCAGGCCGGCGAUUGCAGCGGCUGGCACGAAGGAGGGCGCGGAAGAAUCUGUUGGCGACGAGGAGGCCGGGGCGAGGGAGGCGCGGAGGAAAUAUCUUGCGGCGCGGGCUGCGGUGAAAGGUGCUGUUCGUGGGGCUGAGGGGGGGGACUCGAAGGGUGCCGAGAUCAAACAGACGCCGAUGGUCGGUGUUCGUUUUAAUCCGGCCCAAAAAAACCCCUUCUCCGUUGAGCUUCAUCAUGGUGGCGAGCGCUUCUAUCUCGGCUCGUUUUCGCGUGCUGGGCCCGCGCGCUAUCUGUCAGCGGUGGCACAGACCGUGUGGCACGACCGCGUGCAGAGGUCUGAGUUGAUGCUAACGGACCAGGAGGAGGAGGAGUGGACACCCGAUCUCGAUCUCGCCCGAAAGAUGACCGCUGGACUUUACGCAAUCAUUUUCAUCAGGAAACUUGCCGCGAAUCACAAGCGGUUGUUGAACAUUUUCAAGACAGCUCGCGUAUUCUUAGACUCGAAGGUGAAGCCAACGGUCGACUCCGCGAUUUGUGCUGCAAUUGGCCUUGAGGCCGCGGAUGACGAACCGGCGCGGGUAAAAGGGAAAGCACAGAAGGCGCUAUAUGCGGGCGCGUUGGCGUUCGGUUGUGCUGCCAUGUGGAGCUUCACCUCGGCCUUCAAUCGCAGUAACACGACAGGUGGUGCGAAAACGGCCUUCGAAUGGGUCACCGCGGAGCAUCGGGCUGCUGCGCUCCAGAGUGCCUCGGCCGCUGCAAAGCUGUGUGGUGCGAGCGCGGAUGAUUUAUCUUGUUUGGAAGCUUGCUGGGCAGACGUCUACGCGACAAUCCGGAAGCGGCAAGACGAACAGAUGCUGUCUUCGGCAUCUGUUGAGAAGAGUGUGCUGAGUGUAUACGCGGAUCAGGAAGACAAGACAGUCCACGUUUGCGUGCCCCUGCUGGUCGAGGUCGUGGCCAACUGGAACUACGAUGGAUCCGCGUGGCCAUCCUCGAAAGGCGUGGGCCUUUACCUCGAAUGCGAGAAAGCCCGUCAAUCCGCGAAAAAGAGGGGGACGCGUGGGAAAGGCAAGAAAGGGGAGGCGGUCGAGAAGGUUGGUAAGAAGGGCGAGGAGGGAGAGAACGAUGCUGAGGACGACGACGAAAAUGACACGAUUAUGUUGUGCGCAUCCGAGAGCAACGAGGAGUUGGCCUGA